AUGGGGGCUUCAGGCAAAUGGAUUAAGACACUGAUAGGGCUGAAGAAACCUGGUAAAGAUGACCAGGCAAAAGUCGGUGGGAAGGGCAAAAAAUGGAGGAUUUGGAAGGGUUCACCGUUGGAUCUAAGUGGGCCCUCAUCAUGGAAAGGAUUCAAGAAAAUGGGCGGCUUAGAUUUCUCCUCAGACUCUUCAUCUAUGAACAAUGAUGCUUUUAAUGCUGCUGUUGCAACUGUUGUGAGGGCUCCUCCUAAAGAUUUCAGGGCUGUUAGACAAGAAUGGGCCGCCAUUAGAAUCCAAACUGCUUUCAGAGGUUUUUUGGCAAGAAGAGCUUUAAGGGCAUUGAAAGGAUUAGUUAGGCUCCAAGCCAUAUUCCGUGGCCGACAGGUUCGUAAACGAGCUGCCGUAACUCUUCGGUGCAUGAAAGCUCUUGUUCGCGUGCAGGCUCGAAUUAGAGCCCGCCGUGUUCGUAUGUCUGAAGAGGGACAGGCCGUCCAGAAGCUGCUCGACGAACGUCAUGGCGUAGAUGUUUCGUUGAAACAAGCUGAGGAAGGGUGGUGUGAUAGUAGAGGAACACUUGAUGAAGUUAAGGCUAAGAUACAUAUGAGGAAAGAGGGAGCUGUCAAGAGAGAGAGGGCACUUGCAUACUCUCUAGUUCACAAGUGGAAAUCAAGCCAGAGUAAUAAUCCCUCUAUGAUUCCCUCAUUGAAAAACAAUGGAUUUGACAAGAGCAAUUGGAGCUGGCUCGAAAGGUGGAUGGUAGCGAAGCCUUGGGAAAAUCGACUAAUGGCUCAAAGUAACGACAAUAUCAGCAAGUCCUUAGCCAAAUCGAAUCUCUCGACUUUGCCCGAACCGAGUUCGGUUAAAGUAACUAAAAACAUAAUCACCAAGAAAAUAUCAGCAAAUCCUCCUCCAUUUAUCAUCAGUUCUCAUGCCACUCACUCAUCCUCAAGCCCGAGCUCGGAUUUCUCAUCCUCGUUCUUCACAAACACCUACUCGGAUAAAACGGAAGACAGCAAUACGAGCAGGCCGAAUUACAUGAGCUUGACGGAGGCAACUAGGGCAAAGCAGAGGAUCACGGCCCGCCAGAGGCAGCCGUCGAUGGACGAGUUUCAGUUUCUCAAGAAGUCGGUUGUGAGCUCUGGUGGCGGCAAUGAGGGUGGCUCGGAAUCUUGUGUGGCGGUGAAUAAGUCGAGUAUUCUUUGCUUUGUCUCAUCUCGUCCCGUCCGACGGCCGCCCCACCUGCAUAGUCCGACCGCCGUGUAUAACCAACAUGGCCGCACGACACUGGAUUCUACCGCCGCGACUCCCCAGCCCGGCCGCCGCACCUCCCAGCCCAUUCUCCUUGCCUACUCAUCCUGCCAAUUGUGGCUUCACAUCCACGUCGCUGGUCCACUGCAGCCGUCAUCGGAGAUGGGCGACGGUCCUCCGGCAGAAACCAACAACUCGUAA